GGAUAUUGAAUAAACAAUACAUGAAACGCACUUCAUUAAUAACUCCUUCUGAGUUGUCGAGGUGCACAAUUGCCUCGCUUGCGGUUUUCGUGUGAGCUAGUGUGUGCUUCUCCUAAUUCAUACGCGGAGCUGGUUUGUGUGUGUCGAUCGGGUUACAAACAUUAUUGUCAGUAUUGUUUACUACACCUCGAGUGAUGCAAUCAGACACUGGUGCUGCGAAGUCGGUGAAACCAGCACCUAAGCCAAAUCCGGAUAAUGCGAGACAGCACAAUGUUCAAAACGCUCCAUUGGUGCCACUAGAUCUCAAUAUUUCUCCCAUUGCAAGCAAUAGAAAGCCUUAUAUAAAGAAUAAUAAGCUCGCAUCGAAUCAGAUAGCAACUAGCACUCCUAUUAAUACGGCUUGGCGUUCUGAUUGCUCAGUGACUCCAGGCAGUUCUUCAGGAGAACAGGUGCGUUCUGGGAAUAAAAUAAUUACACCAGCAAAUGCGACGUAUGACAUUCCGAAGGUUCGCAAAAUUAGAAAACCGUUCUCACAAAUAAAAAAAAUGAAAAUCGCUUCGGCGGGUGUGCGAAAAAAGAGGGCACUUAACGAAACAUAUGUGAUAAAAAAGUCUAAGAACAAACCAAAUAAACACGCAAAUUAGAUUAUUUCUAUUAUUUUUAGUAUGAGUACUUUAAUGAUCACUGUAUACAAUUUAUUCAAAUAAAAGU